CUGGUGAAAGGUUAUAUUAUUACUGUAACAAAUAAAUAACCAACUACGUAUUAAAACAGUUUUAAAAACAUUGUUAUGCAACUGUGAGUCUUUCAGAACAUCUUGGUACAAGCAUCGCACAAAGACAGGAUUAUACAAAACGCUUAAUCUGGGUUUCCCCUCUCGUUAACACCAGUAAUCUCGGUCGCGUUUACUCCUCCUUCUCCUCCUAAACGUGCUUCUACUACAAUUUGUUUACCAAUCAACGGCUAGUUCAUGAACAGACAGGAAGUUGCGUAGCAAUUCUUUAUCAAUUUAAAAAUGUAUCCUGACACAUAUUUUCAAACGAUCAGUUAGGUGAUUACAAGAGUGUUAGAAUUAAUUUCACAAGUCGUUUUUAUUUGUGUAAUAAAAUUAGUGCUCUAUAAAUAUAUAGAGACUAAUUAUUAUAAAUAUUCACGUCCAGUCGAAACCCUUACCUCACCGAAGAAGCUAGGCUGAGACCAAAAAAACAUUGUUACUAACAGAGGUAUAUAGGGUAACCUAAUCUGGCCACAGACGAUAUCCGGGGCUAAAAAGUUCAAUUUUAUGUGUGUGUGUGUAUUUUGUGGAAUUUACCAGUGCCGUUUGCACAUGGUCCGUUCAUUUAACCCUUCCGUGGUUAAAGCAGUGAAGCACCUCCCAGUGGCUCUGUCAAUGACCUAGCAAACUCUCUGUAUAUAUACACCGAGCUAUGCACAUUUAAGGGGGCUGAAUACUGCCCUAUAGCUGUGGGUCGUUUCGUGUGUCCGUAGGGCAUUCUUUCCCUUAUGACGCUCAUUCUUUUUCCACAAUUAACUCCAUGAAGGCUGGCCUACACUAAACAUGUCUAACGGAUCCGGUAGGACCUGUCUUUCCGUGACUGGAAUCUGAUUGGAUGUGUUUCGGGGACGGAUUCCCCCAUUUUAUACCAAGUAGUGGAGGAGAGCGAAAGUCGAGCUUUCUUGGUGCACGCUGAAGUAACAGGAUUCAUCGGACAAAUAAGCUUGAAUAAGACUACUGCACCUCUGAUACAUGUUUGACCAAGCUAAGAGUAUGGGCGAUGGAGUCACCGAGAACCGAAACCACUUUGGAUCCAAUUCGUUGCGCCGCGACGGCGGUGGAGACGCUAAAACUCUGGCGGAAGUGGGAAGCCGCAGUUCCGGCGACGCUCAUGCGGGGACAUCCGCGUCCACCCCGAGCUCCUCCAGCGAGGACGGACACGACAAACUGUUAGGAGUGGACCCUGACUACUGCCGCAGGAUUUUAGUUCGAGAUGCUAAAGGCACUAUUCGUGAGAUUGUUUUGCCUAAAGGCCUGGACUUGGACCGGCCGAAGCGUACGCGCACCUCUUUCACUGCCGAGCAGCUCUACCGGCUCGAGCUUGAGUUCCAACGCUGUCAGUAUGUGGUGGGACGAGAGCGCACGGAGCUCGCCCGCCAACUGAACCUCUCCGAAACUCAGGUGAAAGUCUGGUUCCAGAACCGACGUACCAAGCAGAAGAAAGACCAGACCAAAGACUCAGACAAGCGCUCUUCAUCCACCUCUGAGUCACUGGCCACAUGUAACAUUCUGCGUCUGCUUGAGCAAGGGCGCUUGCUGUCAGUGCCUGCACCUCCUCCAAACCCACUGCUUGCACCGCCACAUGCUGCAAAUGGCUCACUCCUUGGAGGGCCAUCUGUGUCUUCCUCUCCCGGGGUAAGCAGUACAGUCACAUCUCCAGCAAUUGUGGCUAGUAGUGCGGGAACUUUUGGCCUAUCGCUUUCCUCACUCGGUGCUACGCCGCCCUCACCGAGGCUUGGGGUAGCACCCCCAUCCCUUUUUUCCAUGCCACUUAUGAGUGGUGCUCAUCAUGAACUCACAACAAGUUAUGGAUGUGGAUCAUCAGCUUUUGAGCCCUAUACAAGGACAGAGAGAAAAGAUGGAGACUUGGGAGCAAAGAAGACAGUAUCCUAAAGACUUGAAUCACUUUCUAGACAACUAAGGAAUGCCCCACAUUUACCAAAGGGUGCAAUUUUGUCUCUUUUUCAGCUAUAGUGGAGGUUAUAGAUGAAGGAGCUGAUUUUUGAAAUUAAACAAAUAUGGAGAGAUUUAACCUCCAUAUUAUAUUCCUUCAUCUCCUAAAUUUCCAAGCUGUGCUGAUCAUUUUUGCCACACUAAGAUAAUGAAAAAAAAAAGACUGCAGCUUCUGCUUUCCAUUAAGCAUGAAUUUAAUUGUCCACUUCUGCAUCCUGUAUUUAAGUGCCAUCUUCUUUACAGAUGCUCAUAGUUUUCUUUCAUAUCUCUCUCUCUCUCUCUCUCUCUCUCUCUCUCUCUCUCUCUCUCUCUCUCUCUCUCUCUCUCUCUCUCUCUCUCUCUCUCUCUCUCUCUCGUGUGUGUACAUUGCAAACAGCCUCAGGCUUAGAUUUUGUCUGUAUUAGAAAGACAUCACUAUUUCUAAUGCUACGUUAUGUGAAAGGCAAAUACUGCUUUACAGAUACUGUAUCCAAAUGUGUUUUAAAAAAGACAAAUGAAUGAUCAUAUCACUAUGUUUGGACCUGUGGUACUUUUUAAGCUGCUCUUAACUGGUAUUGUAAUUAGGGGUAAGUUUAUCAUCAAUGUUUAGUUUACUCUUGGGCAUGCAUGUAAGGGUGGGAUUGUGAGAAACACACAAUAAUAAUGCCAAAUUGUUGUGCUUUCUUAUGUGUAAAUCUUUCCCCAGUUUUGUAUAAUUUAAAGAUGGUCGUUCACUGAGGAACAUAUUAGUAAAUAUUAACGGCAUAUUAUUAUUACUGAUAAUUAAGUCAUGUAAAACUAAAAAAUUAUGUUCUUUUAUUAUGUUUAAAAAUUAAGUUAUGAAUUAGAUCUCAAAUGCAUGAGAAAGCAGUUCAAGUUCAUGCAGAGAUAAUAUGUCUUUAAUUGUUUUGCACCAUGAUCAUAAAUGAUUGUGUAGCAUCAUAGAUUCUGCAAGGAUAAAUCUUAUGUGUCAUUUCCCAUACUUCUUCUAAUUAGCCACUUAUUUCCAAAUGUCCAAAAGUACUAUGUAGGAUGUAUGUUUGUUUAAUCAGACUACAAGUUAUAUGUCUUACUUGUCUAUUAUUGUGCAAUGUGCAGUGAUAAUUUAUUGACUGAACAGAUCUAAAUCAUUUCAUUCACAUAUGCACACAUUCUCAAACAAUAUCUGUUUAUUAACAAAGCACAUGGAAGGCAUGAAAGCAUUGUUUAACUUAAUUGAUAGUAAAAUCUGAUGGGUCAAAAAUGCAACUCUUAGCAGUCUGUUCAUUUUAUUUCUUGUUAUGUUCUCUUCAGUUCUCCUAAAUCAGUGAAAGGAAAGACUAAGGUUAGUCCUAGUUUUGUUUCUCCACUACAUGAUUUGGAACUGCUUUCUUUAGAUGUUUACACUGGUUUGACCGGUUUCUGAACCUAGAGCUUGCAUCGUGACUUUAAUUGUCAUAGUGACUGAUAAAGCAGUGGAAUAAACCUCAGGAAGAGUCAUCAAACUCUUUGUCAUUAGUUCCAUAUAUUUUAAGGUUUUAAGGCCUUAGGUAGCACCUCAUUCAUUGCCAUGAAAUCUAAGCACUUUAUUUUCAUAUAUUUAAUUCUUAACACUUUUCUGUUCACUCCCAGAUAAAAUGAAGUAGUACCCAGACACCUUCAGUGUUUUUUGUCCCAUGUAUCUCUUAUUUUCUGUGUCUGGAAAGCCAGAGCUUUCACUGAGGUUAAGAAAUCAAAAAUUGUUGUGUGUCGCAAACAGGUAAUGUCAGAUUGAGCUGCAGGAUUAGAAUAUAUACAGCCAGAAUAAAUCAAUGUUUUCUGUUAUUUAUCAAAAGCUCAUGGUCACACUACUGCUACCAUGAACCUUAGAAAAUGUCAUGGCCAUUGUAGGCAAUAUUUUAUUGUUCCUGUUCAUUUAAACACUGAAUCAGUGUUGGUUGUUUUUUUUUAAUCAUUACUGGACUUCCCUAUUCAAUGUUAUAAUUUGUUUAGGGUACUGAGACGAGAGCUCUUUGUCUGAGAAAUUUUGACCCUUGUAAAUAAAGUAAAUCUAUUGAGGCUAUUGCCCUUUUACCCCUGUUAUCCUGUGUGCACCAUAUGGGUUUCCAUACUUUUGUGGAACUGCUGAUCUUUUUGAAUAAUCAGUAUUGAAAAUGUACUGAAUUGUUUCUUUUACCAAGCAAAGGAUUGUUUUGACACUCAGAUACCCAAAUGUAUUGCAUUUUAAGCAGAAAAUUAAUUAGUUUGUACUGUCAUGCAUUUGAGCAGGUGUAUGUGGAUGAAAGAGAAGCAUUAUAAACCUGAAACAAAGUGAAAUGGUUAAAAACAAAAAUUAAUAUUAAAGUGCUAAAUUCCUCACUAAAUCUUCUAAAUGUAACCAUCUACUCAUUUGUUUUAAACAUUAAAUGUAGUUCUUACAACAUAAAUUACACUGUGAAAUAUCUGGCAAAGCUGAAGAACAAAGUAACAAGGUAAAAGAGAUUUCUAACUUUCCAUGGUAUUUUGAUUGUAAUAUAAACUCUUACUGGUUUUACGUUUGAGAAACAAGGUUAUGUGAAUCAGUGUUCUUGUUCUUAUACAAGCCAUAAACCAUUUUUUGACAGUAAAUCUUUAUGUAAUCAUGUCAAUACAUAUGUGGCACUUAUAGGAACUCUUUUUUAAACAAAUUUGAAAAAAUAUUAACAUUAAACAUAUGUAAAUAUUCCAUUUGAGUCUUUGCACAGUAUUUUCAUGUUGGUAUUGUGUCAUAUUACAGUAAAAAACAAAAAAGUAAUGUUGGAAAAAAGCCCUUUAUAAAAUGCUUUACAUUUGUUUGUCACAUUAACAGUU